CCCGGGCUCUGCGGGCGGCGGCCACCCCUCCCUCCGCAUCCGCCGGAGCCUCUGCCACCGACCUGUCGGGCGGGCAGGGCCAGGUCUGGGCAGGUUGGAGGGGGCGGGAGCCGGCACCCAGAUCCCCGCCCUGCUCCCAGCACCCAGGCCUCUCACGGGCCUUGCCUGGGCUCCCGCAGGCCCGAGGCAGGGACAUCGGGGGGGCCCUGGAGUGACCCCCACAUCCACUCUGCGGCUGUGCAGGCCGAGGGGCGAUGUCACCUGGUGGCCUGUGAGGCGCCCGCCAUGGCCCGGUCCCUGACCCGGGGCUGCUGCCCCUGGUGUCUGACGGACGAGGAGAAGACGGCGGCCAGAAUCGACCAGGAGAUCAACAAGAUUUUGUUGGAACAGAAGAAACAGGAGCGCGGGGAACUGAAACUCCUGCUGCUGGGACCCGGUGAGAGCGGGAAGAGCACAUUCAUCAAGCAGAUGCGCAUCAUCCAUGGCGCCGGCUACUCGGAGGACGACCGCAGGGCCUUCCGGCCGCUCGUCUACCAGAACAUCUUCGUCUCCAUGCAGGCCAUGAUCGAUGCCAUGGAGCGGCUGCAGAUCCCCUACAGCAGGCCUGACAGCAAGAAGCACGCCAGCCUGGUGAUGACCCAGGACCCCUAUAAAGUGACCGCGUUUGGGAAGCCAUAUGCAGCGGCCAUGCAGUACCUGUGGCGUGACGCGGGCAUCCGCGCCUGCUACGAGCGCAGGCGUGAAUUCCACCUGCUGGACUCCGCAGUGUACUACCUGUCACACCUGGAACGCAUCUCCGAGGAGGGCUACAUCCCUACAGCACAGGACGUGCUGCGCAGUCGCAUGCCCACCACAGGCAUCAAUGAAUACUGCUUCUCCGUGCAGAAAACUAAGCUUCGCAUCGUGGAUGUUGGCGGCCAGAAGUCGGAGCGUAAGAAAUGGAUCCACUGCUUUGAGAACGUCAUAGCCCUCAUCUACCUGGCCUCCCUGAGCGAGUAUGACCAGUGCUUGGAGGAGAACGAUCAGGAGAACCGCAUGAAGGAGAGCCUAGCGCUGUUCAGCACAAUCCUGGAGCUGCCCUGGUUCAGGAGCACUUCAGUUAUCCUCUUCCUCAACAAGACGGACAUCCUGGAGGAGAAGAUCCACACCUCCCACCUGGCCACAUACUUCCCCAGCUUCCAGGGUCCCCGUCGUGACGCCGAGGCCGCCAAGCGCUUCAUCAUGGACAUGUACGCGCGCGUGUACGCGGGCUGCGCGGAGCCCCACGACGGCGGCAGGAAGGGGUCCCGCGCGCGCCGCCUCUUUGCGCACUUCACCUGCGCCACGGACACGCACAGCGUCCGCAGUGUGUUCAAGGAUGUGCGGGACUCGGUGCUGGCUCGGUACCUAGACGAGAUCAACCUGCUGUGACGUGGCCCGCCCGGCCUCAGUUUACCCACGGGGCGGGGCCGGGACUCCACCCGGGACGUCCCUCGGGGCACCGUGGUGGCAAGGACGGGCCACUCCCUGGCGGACGCGCGGGAAUCGGCAGGGCGGGGGCUCCCCACGCUGGUCCGGGCCCAAGCGCGAUUCAUUCCUUGCCCUCCUCCUAGUUACUAGAGAAAGGACAAGAGUCAGGCCUUUAACCCGGGCACUCGGGAGGCAGAGGCAGGAGGAUGCCUGCGAGUUCCAGGACAGCCAGGGCUACCUAGACUGGAUUGAGCCAGUCUGGGGCCCUGUCCAUUUCCUCCCAUGCCAUCCUCACCCUGGGGCACGCGUGACGGUGUCAGGGAGGCAGAGAGGAAGUUCUGCUUGUUGUCUGCCCACUCGUGGGCCUGAGGCAGAGCCAGAGACGGCUUUGAGAUCCCACAGCCGCGAGGAGCCCUCCGUGCCCAGACUCCCGCCCACCACACUCCGCAGCGCUGCCCCACACCGCUGUGCGCUCGGUAAAGGGGAGACCGGGCGGCGAGACGGCCCCGCCUGCGAAGGCGCUUGCGGCUAAGCCGGAGUUCGGGCCCCGAUCGCUCGGUAGGCGCAGUGCCGGAGUCUCAGAGUGGAUCCCACAGGCGUGCGUGGUGGUGACGCAGCUGCCCACACAAGAAAUAAAUGCAAUUAAACAACAACAAAACGGGAAACGGGCAGCGAAAUGCCGUCCCCAGAGGCAGCGACCGGGAGGCUGAGGCAGGAGGAUUGCAGCUUCCUUGUCCUCGGCGUCCCCACCCAGGCAGGGGACAUCAGACAACUUCAAAUCUGGGCCAGAGGCUGGGGUGGGGGGAAUAGAUGGCUCACUGGGUAAAGUGCUGAAGUCCAAAGACCCGAGUUCGAAUCCCCAGAAUCCACCUAGGAGCCAGCACGGUGGUGGCGCCUGUCGUGAGGUGGGAGCUGGCAGGGCGGCCCAGCCCAUGCUGCCCCAGGUUCCAUGAGAGACCCCGGCCUCACACAGGGUGGGAAGCUACCGAGGAAGGCGCCCAGCCCCCGGUGACAUCACCCUUCUCUGGCUCCCGAGCAGUAGGGUGACAGCUGGGCUGUUCUCAGGGGUCCUGGGGUCCGGAUGCGGGUCCCACGGCGGCACAUUGCAGGCUGAGUUCUCUCUGCAGCUCCCUGACACGUGUCCUUUUGCACAGCUGCGUAGUACUCCACCCUGGGACACAGCAGGGCUUGAACCAGGUGAAGCCCGACUCGGCCGCCAUUUGGUGCCCACGGAAACUUUUGUAUCCACGAACAGCACCCGGGAGAAUGGCCUUCCACGCGGGCCAGAGCGCGGUCUCCAGGCGAAUCGGGGCGGGAAGAGGGCGCGCACGCCGCGCGGCUUCGCUUGCUGUCGAUGGAGACACCUCCCGUGGGGGACACGAGUCUGUAAGCUGUGCUCUGUAUGGUGGUUGCCUCAUGACACCAGGAGAUUGGCCAGCCCUCACUCAGCACCGCUCACUCCAGGGUGCUGUGCUCAGUCCUCCAUGCCCAGCACUUCAGUGCUGACUUGAACCAGGUCGGGGUGUGGCUAAUGCUUGGAACCGGGUCUCAACCGGGGUGAACGUCAGCAGCGUGGCGCGUCGGUGGUCACGAGAUUAGCUCGGGCUCGGGGUCCAUCUGGGAACAGGGCUCAGUGUAGGACAGAGACUUGGGGAGUCGGGGAAAAGGGCCCAGGGCGGGAUCUGGGCCUCGCGUGGGUCCCAGGUCAGAGGGAGGGCUGCACUCAGGUGAGAUGAUCGGGGCUCAGCCCGAGGUGACCCCGGGAUCGGGGCUCAGCCUGACGUGA